AUGGCAACUUCUUCGAUCAAUUGGCCUCCAACACAGAGUCGGGAUACUCACCCAGGUACAUUGAGCAAGAAGACUAAAGAAGCCGACACUCGAGGUUCUUCCGAAGUGAUAGCUCUUUCAUUGAAGAUGGUUCGAUCUACUCUCAGAGCUGAGGCAACGGAGUUCAAGCCGCGCACAUCAUCUUUGAGAGCUAAUGCUCCUGAAUUUAAGCCGUGCCGCAACCGCAAAUUUGUCAAGGAAACACAUCAGAAGCUUGCUCGUAUCGCCAAAUCCACGCCAACUCUUUCUCUCCUCCAUGAAAAUAAGAACGGUAUCGACAUCCUCAUCAACCGAGAUGAAAGCUCCUCAGGCAUCAUUGACAGACCACUCAUUCUCUCCAAAGCCGUUCCUGCAACGGAGUUUCACCUCUUUCCAAAUCUUCCCGCGGAGCUGCGCUUCAGAAUUUGGAAUCUCAGUCUUCCUGGCCCUCGAAUGGUCGUGCUUCACUACAACCAAUUGACCUCUCGUGCUGUUUCGUCCACACUAGCUCCAGUUCUCUUCCACACCACCCGCGAAUCUCGCUGUGAGGCUAUGAAGCAAUAUAUGCUCACCAAUGUCCGUUCAUGCAUUUGGAAGUCUCUCAAGUAUGUCGCCAUCAACUUGAUGCCCAAUCUCACCGUCCUAUCCAGGUUUCAAAGUCUUCUUACAUACUCCGUCGUGCUUUCGAGCCCAAAUGCAGACCAUGAGACAAAUCACAGAUUGGUGGAUAUCCCUUGGAAAGGUUGCACACAUACCAGAGACGACACGUCAGAGUCUGGCCAUCUCGAAACAGAAACCACGGAACAUAACGCCCCCUGUUCGGUUUGUAAACAGAUUGUUCACCAAGUCAACAACUUCAGAGACGAAAAAGGCUGA